AUGGCAAUUCCUCGAACCGUGCCGGCUGCGCCGUUCGCGGCAGUGGCCUGGCUGACGCUUUUCACGUCAUCCCUGGUGUUCUCUCACGCGCGGGACCUCUCGAACCGCCAUCUUCCCGCCACUAGGAACUUCGAAGACGUGACUGCCUCGAAGUUCUCCUCACUUCCAUCCUCUUCUUCUCGCGAAGGCGCCGGAUAUGACGGCGCGCGCGGGAAUGUCGUAAUCCCGAUUUCGCACAGCUCUCUCGCCACCGCCGCUUCCGCGGAAGUAGGAGAGCCGGCGCAAUUCUCGACGCGGUCCGGGAUAAGCGGUUAUGUCGGACCGCAGCUGGCGGGAGAAUCGGCGACCCCGGAGUGGCUGGACCGGGACGCGCUGCAUGAGUUGGAAGAGCGACUCAAGGAUCUGCUUGGCGGCGAGCCGCCUCUCGGAAUCGACGGCGAUGAUGAUGAUGGCGAUGAUGGCGCGUUUAAAGCUGACGAUUGGGAAUCGCCGGGGCCUUAUUAUGGCGACAAGGGCGAAACCGAAGGUGGUCGAUUGACUGGAGCGACGUACGAGAACGCGAUUGCGAACCGGGAGCUGGAAGUCGGCGUAAUGACGGCGAUCGGCGUUACCCCGAGCGGCAGCAGCAGCGCCAGCGACCGCGGCUCCAUCCGCAGAAACGAUUGCGGCAGCAGCGAGGACUGUGGUGGUGCGGAGGGUGACGCGACG